GAGAGAGCGGAUCAGCUAAAACAAGCACACUCGGCCUGUGAUCCACCUUUUUCGGCUCAUUCCGACUUUGUGUGUGGCUCCAGAUAGAACUCGGCGGUGCGUGUUUUAUUUCUCCAGCUAAGCUGCUCACGCCCUACUCAUCCUCAAGGAGUGGCGGCCGACUCCAUUUACACAGCACCGCGCCGAGAGUAUUUCUCGCUUAUCAGACGCAACGCCGUCACCAAUAUCAUAUAAUUCUCACUCUCUCGUUCGUAUCCCGCCGCGUGGCACGUUCCUUUCCCCUUGGACAGCUCCACGAUGGCGCAAAGUCGCCUCGUCCUCUCCAUUUCCGUCCUUUUUUUAAUUGGGUAUGUGGCGGCGCAAGGUCGGUCGAACCGCCUCCCGCAGGUCGAGUGCUACGAAAAUAGAACCUUGUACGAAAGAUCUUUGCGCAUCCCAACUACAAUGACAUCUUUCAUCUCGCUGAUUGACAAAAUCGAGCGGAUACCAGGCAUCAACCAGGACUUGAGAACUCUGUCCUCAACUCUUUUGCACAGAUUUCGCACUGAUGGUGUCGAGCGCGAUCCAUUGAUCACCUCGCCGGUCGAUGGAGUGGUACCAUUUUUGCCUUCAGGUUUUCAAAACGGAAAGCAUCGUCUGUUGCUUGAAAAGCUCAUUCCAGGCAAUGCCCUCAAUUUUCCAAACGCCAGCUUGACAAAUGAAGAAAGGUGCGGUCUGCACUUCAUGAUGUCGCACACGGUGGACAGGUGGGAGCGUCGCGACGAGUCGCAGACGUGCAACCGUCUGCAGAAUUACAGGUCAAUGUCGAGGAUUCCUCGCAGCGUCCACGACCACCACCAUCACCACCACGACCACAAGGAGGCGGAGGAGAAGGAAGAAGAAGUCAAAGAGACCCUGGACUAUGAUGAGGUGCCUCAGGAUCAUGACAGCGGCGCCGACGAUGACGGAAGGGCUGCCAGGCAACAAUCGAUUCCGGAGAGCGCGUGCCCCAUCGAGGAAGGCGCCCUUUGGACCCCGUGGGGCGCUGUCAGUGGAGGAGCCCUCAUUGCAGGCAUCGCUGCUGGUCUUCAAAGACAGGAGGUGUCAGUGAAUCAAUUGCAACUGACAUUCCCUUCGAACCAAGAUUCACCGCGCGCCUUCGCCGCUGCCGGUCCAGUCGACAACGUUUUUGCGGCCACGCUUUCUGGAGAUCUGGCCGAAGUUGUUCUCCGCCAAGGACCGCGUUCGCAACUGACGCCAAUGAAAGUCGGUUCCACCGGUGGCUGGAACGACACUGCUGUGCCGAGAUAUUACUUUUUGAAUGACAACGAAAAUUACGAAAUGACCGACGCCGAAAUUCGAGGCGCCCUGGAUGGACUCAUUCUCGGUCUCUCGCUGCCAACUUUGCAAUCCUCUUUCGGAAGUGUCCUCAAGUUGUCCCAGGUUUUGGACAUGUAUUACUCUGAGCGAGGAAUCCCAACUCAAAGGUCAUACCGAGCUUGUCAAAGAAGGGAGCAGCUUUCAAAUGUGGCCCCGUCCGAAACCAUUCAAACACAGGUGCGAAACAUUAUUCCUGCUCUGGGCAACUAUUUGGUUUCGGCACCAAUCAGGGACGAAAUUCUCGAAACUUACAUUGCCACCGCCGUUUCUCGCCUCAACGCCUAUGUUCCCGGUAUGAAUGAUAGACAGUGCGAAAUCAGAGACAACCAGCAGCCGCAAAUCACUGCAGACAGGACAGCAGCACCCUUGCUGGAUCUGUUCCUUGUGAUUGACCCCACUUGGAUGUACGAGGAUGCGAUGCCGACCCUUGCCGCUUUGCUUCGGGAAGUUGCUCCUCAUCCUCAGGCCUCAACUCUGACCCUAACUAUUGGUUCAAAUGAACAGAUGCCUAUGAUUAAUUACACAAGGACUCUUCUUGAUUUCUACGGAAACUUCACUUACGAAAAAUACCAAAACUACCGCGGAUCGGCUCUGGACGUUGUCAAAUCAUUGGCGCAGUUUAGAAAUGUAUUUUUCAAUAUGAGGGAGGAAGAACGAAUGGCGAAUCGUGCUGGCGGCCGAUCGCAAGUUUUGCUUUUCAUCGUGAACACGGCCAGCGGAGCUACGGACGAGAACAGCAGGUGGCUUUUGCAGAACGAGGCUAGGGUCUUCAGGGAAAGGAACCCUGAUGUGAGGAUUUUGUUCUGGACCUCAGGCAACAAGGAGCGUUUCAAGGACGUCGUGAGUGACCCUGAAAAGGACCUUUUCCUCCUGACUCCACCUGGAUUCCAGGGCGUUCCUGACGUCAAGCCCGUCGUCGACAGGCUCAAAAUUUUGCCCCAAAGAAUGACCAACCCUGCUUGCGGAGGGGAAUGGAGAAUGGAAGGUACAAACGGAGGAGGUCAGGAGAUGACCUGGUACGCAGACACUCAGGGCGUUUACUACUAUCGCCUCAGCCCUAACUAUUUCAUGCACAGCGAAUCGACCACCGUAAAGUUCCAAGGAACUGGUCAAGGUCGCCUGACCGUGUGCUUCUCGAGAACCAUCGCCCAGCCCAUUGCCAGUCAGGGCGGCCAGGGCUCUCAGAGCGGCGUGACCUGUCGGCAGCUGCAAGGGUCAGAUUCAACAGAAUUCAGGGUUGAAAGGCCGUGCGAUGGCCAAUGGUUUGCCAUCGACUGCAGACCGCAGUACUUCUCGGUUGUGGCCACCGAUUCCACCAACAGAUGCCAAGGAAGAAACACGGUCGACAACGGAUGUCGCUACCCCGACUUGGUGCGCUUCACAGUAACAGCCAACGGAAUAAAUUGCCACAGCGGCGCCUCCGUGGUCUUCAUCUCCUCCUUCCUAAUCCCAACACUCGCGUUGCUCCUCAGUAAAUUCAGUUAGGAAUUUUCGAAAAGCUUAGCCAAUUAAAAAAAAAGAGAAAAGGCUUGAAGCCACAUUUUACCAAAUUUUGUAUGUAAUCUUUGUUCAGAAGUGCCAUGUCAUUUAUAAAACACCUCAUUUUGCAUCAAGCCAAAACCUUCCAGAUCAAUUUUUACUGAUGUAUUUGCCAAUUUUAGUGUUAAAUAAGUAAGUUUUGUCAUAUUAACUUAAUUUUUGCAGCUUAUUUCCAGUGACGUGUAUUUUUUGUUAAUAAAAAUCUAUUUAAAAUUUUCAA